CACCCCCCACUUCUUAGUCUCCCAAGGGCUUCUGCUUCUUUUCUCCUCCUCCCGCCUUCUAGCUUCGCUCGCUAGUAUUAUCCUGUCAGUUGGGAGUAAAUAUUUUGGUCCCGCCUUUCGGAUGAGGGCCAGGUCGGUUGCUUAGGCACGAAAAGGGGACGGAAGAAGGCAUGAUCAUAAGUUAUCUGAGAACACUUCUUCCAUCUGCAGUCAGAAAAUUAAUUAGAUCAGAUAAACUCACCAUUAAGAAUACUUCCGGCAUGUCAGAAGGAUUUAAACAGGCGAAUGUUAUAAUUCUGCACAAAUCCCUUGCGGAUGACUUUGAAAGAUUUUGCCAUGCAAAUGAAGGGCCCCUUCCAUUGCUCUACAGAAGUAAACCAGGGGAGUGGAAGUGCCCUAACCUGGGCGCUGAUUCUGAUAUCAGAACCGACUGUCUGCAGUACAGGAAAUAUGAGAAUGGAUUAUGUACAGGAAUUCUGACAAGCUUGAAGGAAUAUUCUGAACAGCUUAAAGACAUGGUGACUUUCUAUCUAGGCUGCAGCUUCACGUUUGAAAAAGCAAUCCAGAAGGCUGGUAUCCCUGUAAGAAAUGUUGAACAGAAAUGUAAUGUUAGCAUGUACAAGACUGCUCUGCCUUGCCAUAAUUCUGAACAUUUUAACUGUAAUCUGGUGGUAUCAAUGAGACCGAUUCCUAAAGACAGCUUGGAAAUGGUUGUGCAAACCACCUACCCAAUGAAAGAAUCACAUGGAGCACCAGUUCACCUUGGUAAUCCUGGUUUAUUAGGUAUCAAAGAUCUUUCCAAGGUAGACUACGGUGAUGAAGUACAAGCUCAUCCAGAGGAUGUUCCAGUCUUUUGGGCCUGUGGAGUAACAGGGGUGGAAGCCAUCAGUAAUUGCAAGUCUCCACUGGCUUUUACCCAUGCUCCUGGCUGUAUGUUUAUCACUGAUUUGAAGGAUAAAAAUGCUGCAGUAGAUUAUGGCAAAGAAAUCCCUGAAGUUUACUGUAUUUCUCAGAAUCCUCUGCACUAUAGCAUCACAUCUGCAACAGCUGUAAACAAAAUAAGAAGACUAGAAGAAAUUAUCGGAGUAGACCCAGGAAACAGAGGCGUGAAACAUUUGUACCAACAGGGAGAACUUCUGAAAGCAUGUUUAUCCAUUUCACAUGCUCGUUCAGUGUUGAUUACCACUGGAUUUCCUACCCACUUCAAUUACGAGCCCCCUGAUGAAAACGAUGGUCCCCCAGGAGCCUUUGCAGUGGCAGCCAUGUUGAAAGCUCUGGGGAAAGAUGUUGCUAUAGUAACCGAUCAAAGAGCUAUAAAUUUGAAUGAGAAGAUUAUUAAAGAAGCUGUCAAACAAGGGAUACUGAAGACUCCAGUUCCUGUAAUUAGCUAUCAUAGCGACUCUGCAGAUUCAGCUUUGCACUUUUUGUGUGAAGAUGGAAAUCCAGAAAAGCCCAAGUUUAAUCACCUGUUAGCAAUAGAACGUGCUGGGAUGGCGGCUGAUGGCAAUUAUUAUAAUGCACGGAAAGUUAAUAUGAAGCAUUUAGUGGAUCCCAUUGAUGAGCUCUUUGUAGCAGCGCGCAGUAUCCCAGGAAUUACUUCAACAGGCAUUGGAGAUGGAGGGAAUGAAUUGGGAAUGGGAAAAGUAAAAGAAGCUGUGAAGAAGUACAUUAAAAAUGGAGACAUUAUUGCUUGUGAUAUUGAAGCAGAUUUUGCAAUUACAGCAGGGGUUUCUAACUGGGGAGGCUAUGCUGUUGCCUGCGCACUAUAUAUCCUCAAUACCUGUGAAGUACAUGACCGCUAUUUGAGGAAAGCUAUUGGAUUCUCCAGGUUGUCUGAGAAAGCAAGCUGGGCAUCAGCACUUCCAUCUGUGCUUAAGGAAGAAAAGUUGCUGGACAUAUUACGGCAGCACGAAAUCCGUAGUGGAGUAACUGCCAGUCUGGAAAUGGAAGUGGAUGGUCUGCCGUUCUAUGACACUCAUUCACUUAUAAUUGAGAAGCUUCUGCAGGAAACUGUGAAAUAACUUUUCUCCAAACAGUGAUUCCGUUGUCUUAUCUCAGCCUCUUAGGCUUUUCAAUCAACAACAGUCAUCCAACGGGCAUUUGGCCUGACCUGGUGAGGCAACGCAAGAGAAGAAGCCUUUGCGACUGCAGAACAAUCAUGGCAGGCAGAAGAUUCACAAAAUGAUGUAGCCUUUUGUGACCUCUUGUUGAAGUGGGGUCAUUCUGCACUUGGGCAUUUUUCAUAAGCUCCCAGAAUAGUCCCUGUAACCCAACCCAACCCCUCCAAUGGUCCAUUAAGAUGCAUUAGGGAACUGAGCUCAUAAACCAAUCUGUCAUGGUGAAAACUGGAGGCCACUCAUACCUAUAGAUUGCUGGCAGUGGCUACCACAAGCAGCUCAUGCAAUUUAUUAUUUUAAGCCAUUUUUCCUUCCCAUGACUUGAAUAAUCUCAUUAAAUUGUUCCCUUCAUGCUUCUCCUUGGCGGCUACAGAGGCUUUCUUCUCCCAUAGUGCUUACUUCUGCUAGGACUUCUACAUGUGCAAGGUCAAUGUUUUUCAAGGAGCCUUAAUGCAAAGCAGAAGUGCAAGAGGUAAAGGAAAGCCCCCUCAGUGGUCAGAUAGAAGUGCCAGGGCAGCCAAGCCAUUGCCACCCAAUGGUGGACUGGCAUUUCCACCAAAACCAGAUGGGCUAUCACAGGCAUCUCUGCCCAUGCUACAUCAGACUGAUGUAAUUUGAGAGCAAUGAUCCCUUUCUCCAUGUUCUUUUCAUCUUAUCUCUCUGUGAGCACAAACAACAGUUCUAGGAUGCAUCAAAUACCAAGGCCAGCCCUCAAAUUUUACAAUGUUGUUCCAUAUUUUGAGAAGAUAAGUAUACUUUUAAAGUGCAGAUAUGAUCUUCAAAUAGAUUCCUAGCCUCGCGUGGUCCGCAUUUUGUUCCUUAAUAGUACAAAAGUGGAUGACUAAAACAUUGUAUGAUUGAACCCUAAUUUAACUGAAUCAGUCUGUAAAAUUCACUGGGACGUGGCAUUCAGCAAAGUUCAUAUAAAGGCCAAUGGAAAAAUCGAAGGUGCAUCUUGGGACCACCAAUGCAAUACAGAGCUACAGGAAACACAGACUCAGAAACUAAUUAUAAAAUACUGCCUGGAUGACUGGAUUAUGGCUUCUGUUAAUAGCAACCACAUCUGCUACUAAAUAACAG